AUGGGUUUCAUGUUCUUCAACAAGUUCAGCAUCCUCUUUCUCCUGAUUUCAGCAUCAUUUUUAUCAGCCUCUUUUGCAGCAGGUCGAAGUUCCAAGUUUGUCAAUAAGUUGGCCCAAGAAGUGGAUGCAAUUCCAGAGGAAACGUUAGGGAAGCCAUUGAACCACAAGGAGGCUGCCAUAAUCCAUGAAAGGCUGCUGAAAGCUAACACCAGAGACUAUGGAAGAUAUGAUCCAGCACCUGCUCUUGUUAAGCCUCCUUUCAAGCUCAUCCCCAACUGA